CAACUCCCCACGACGGAUGUUGAGGAGGCGCUGCGGAUGCAACACGCUCCACAAAGUGUAGAUUUUGCGCACAUUUGGAAUAUGCGCGUUGGGCACGACAGGCGGACUUUGGGCGCCUUCCACUGACACCACCGCUGGAUUCUUUUCCGUUCUUUUCGUCUCGCUCAAACUUGGAACUCUCUUUAUUCCCAUGUGUGCGCUCGAGCGCCUGACAGGUUGCCGAAAGCGCACAUAAGCGCGUCGACGAGCGGUUCUUGCGCGCCGGCCCGGAAGACCCGCUCGAGGGAGGACAGACAGGUGGGGGGAAGCAGGUCAACGAGGAAGGAAGGCAGACGCGCGCGUGCGAGACAGAAAGAGAGAGAGAGAGCUUGCUCGACAUGUCGGACGGUCCCAGACAGCGGGGCGCUUCUUCCAAGGAUGCUGCCGAUGAGGAGUCCCGAGACGGAGGAGACGGAGGAGGCGGAGGAGGAGGAGGAGGAGGAGGGGUCGCACUGAAGAAGGAAAUCGGCCUUGUGAGCGCCUGCGGUAUCAUCGUUGGAAACAUCAUUGGCUCUGGAAUUUUCGUCAGCCCAAAGGGCGUGAUGGAGAACGCCAGCUCUGUGGGCGUGGCCCUGGUGGUGUGGAUCAUCACGGGCCUCAUCACCGCCAUCGGGGCGCUGUGCUACGCCGAGCUGGGCGUCACCAUCCCCAAAUCGGGGGGCGACUACGCCUACGUCAAGGACAUUUUCGGAGGCUUGGCCGGGUUCCUCCGUCUGUGGAUCGCCGUGCUGGUGAUUUACCCGACCAACCAGGCCGUCAUCGCGCUGACCUUCUCCAACUACGUGCUGCAGCCUCUCUUCCCCACCUGCUUGCCGCCGGACAUCGGGCUGCGCCUGCUCGCCGCCGUUUGUCUCCUGCUGUUGACGUGGGUGAACUGCUCCAGCGUGCGAUGGGCGACCAGGGUGCAGGACAUUUUCACGGCGGGGAAGCUGCUUGCCUUGGCCCUCAUCAUCAUCAUGGGCAUCGUGCAGAUAUGCAAGGGGGAGUACUACUGGUUGGAGCCGGCCAACGCCUUCGAGCCCUUCCAGGACUACGACGUGGGCUUGAUAGCCUUGUCCUUCCUCCAAGGCUCCUUUGCUUACGGCGGAUGGAACUUCCUAAACUAUGUCACAGAGGAGCUGGUAGAUCCUUACGUGAACCUCCCCCGUGCCAUCUUCAUCUCCAUCCCGCUGGUGACCUUUGUCUACGUCUUCGCCAACAUCGCCUACGUCACGGCCAUGAGUCCGCAGGAGCUGCUGGCCUCCAACGCCGUCGCUGUGACCUUUGGAGAGAAGCUUCUGGGUGUGAUGGCGUGGAUCAUGCCCAUCUCUGUGGCUCUGUCCACCUUCGGGGGAGUCAACGGUUCCCUUUUCACCUCGUCUAGGUUGUUCUUUGCCGGAGCCAGAGAGGGCCACCUCCCCAGUCUGUUGGCCAUGAUUCACGUGAAGCGCUGCACCCCCAUCCCGGCUCUGCUCUUCACCUGCCUGUCCACCUUGCUGAUGCUGUGCACCAGCGACAUGUACACGCUCAUCAACUACGUGGGAUUCAUCAACUACCUCUUCUACGGCGUGACCGUCGCCGGGCAGAUUGUGCUGCGAAUCAAACAGCCCGACAUGCACAGGCCCAUCAAGAUCAACCUGAUUUGGCCGGUGAUAUACCUCCUCUUCUGGGCCUUCCUCCUCAUCUUCUCGCUCUACUCCGAGCCGGUGGUGUGCGGCAUCGGUCUGGCCAUCAUGCUCACCGGCGUGCCCGUCUAUUUCCUGGGCGUCUACUGGGACAACAAGCCAAAGUGCUUCGACGCAUUUGUCGACAAGUUGACGUACGUGGGUCAGAAGUUCUGCCUGGUGGUUUAUCCAGCUCAGACGUCGGCCGACGACGAGGGCGAGGAAAUGAAGGAAGCCAGGUCGCCUCUGGCCAAAGGGGACGAGGAAAAAGACAAAUCGGCCGACUGCUGAAGCCGCUCGGACGACGGUUUACUGAUCUCUUUUUUACUGGAAAUCUUUUGGUGAAAAAAAAAAAUCAUCUGUCUGUGUGCCAAAUAUGCUGUGAUGACAUUUUGAGGAGCAUUAAGCUUUCACCUGGAAACGUGUGCAACAAAACACCCAGCUAGCCGUUAGCUGGUCAGCUUCACACUGCCCCAAGAGAAACAGCUUACAACGUCUGUCUUAUUAUUAUUAUUUUUAUUCUUCUUCACUGUGAUGACCUCUUAUUGUUUUUCUACUUUUGUCUUUUUUUUUUCCUCACAUGUUCAAAACACCAAAUUUGAUUGUGAAACGUUUGUCAAGCGCAAAGAUUGGAGAAAGCAUUUCUUGUUUUGUAACAAUGGACGCCGUGAUUUUCUUUGAGGCUCUUUGACAUGUUUUUUCUUUCAUUUGACUUCCCAGCCAACUACUCCAGAGGCUUAAAGCGGCGUACGUACUUACGUUCGUAUUGCCGCGGUGUAAAGCGAGUGGAUGAUUUUGUCGUUUUUUUUCCACCACUACAUUUGAAUUGUCUUUGCAACGAAUCCCAAUGCAUUCACCAUUUACUGUCUUGUCAAAUGUAUUUUUCUAGUCGACGAUUUAGCUGUUUUAUGCGCAGAAUUAUCACAUCAUUAUUUUUAGAAUGAAAGGAACUAAUAAUAGAAUGAAUAGAAUUACAACACACACACCUAUAUAUAUAUAUAUAUAUAUAUAUAUUAGAAUGAUGAUUGAUGGUGUUUAGCAGAUAUUAGAUGGAUGAUUGAUGCUGUCUACCAAAAGUUUUUCUUUUUUAAAUGGUCUUACGUGAAUGAAAGAUAAAUUGAACAUGCACCUUUGAA